AUGGAGCUUCCUGAGUUUAAUGUGGCAAGGUCCCUGCAGGAGGAGGCAGGCUAUGAGCUCAGAGUACAGGAAAAGGUGAUGGUGCAGGAGGGUCUGUGCAUCCACGUGCCCUGCUCCUUCUCCUACCUGUGGAGGUCAUGGUAUUCCUCUGGCCCCCUCUACAUCUACUGGUAUCGAAAUGGGGUCAUCACCCAGCAGAAUGUUCCUGCAGCCACAAACAACCCAUAUAAACCAGUGAAGAGGGAGACCCAUGGCUGAUUCAUCCUCGCAGACCCCAGGACCAACAACUGUUCCCUGAGCAUCAGAGACACCAGGAAGAGUGAUGCAGGCACCUACAUCUUCUGAGUGGAGAGAGGAGAUCAUGUGAAAUACACUUACCAAGAUAAGAUGUUGACUUUGCAGGUGACAGAACUGACACAGAAACCUGACAUCCACACUUCAGAGGAGCCUCUGGAGUCUGGCCGCCCCACACAGCUGACCUGCAGCCUGCCAGGGUCCUGUGAAGGGGGAAGUCCUCUCAUCUUCUCCUGGGUGGGAGCUGCUCUUGACUCUCUGAACCCCCAGACCCUCCACUCCUCGGUGCUCACCUUCACCCCAAGGCCCCAGGACCAUGGUACCAACCUCACCUGUCAGAUGCCCCAAGGAAGCUCACCAUUGAUGGGUCCUACAGAAACAUCACAACCUACAGCAGGUUCCACAAAAAGGUGGGAAGAUAAGACAGAGUCUGGUGAGUGGGUGGGCUCACUGAGCUGGACCCUGGAGGGAAAAGCCCUGAGCCUGUCCCAGCCCUCAGCACCCAGGGUCCUGGGGCUGAACCAUGUAGGGGCUGGAGACAGAGGGGAGUUCACCAGCUGGGCUCAGCACCCACUGGGAUCCCAGCAUGUUUCCUUCAGCCUGUCUGUGCUGAGACAACCCCCUUCCUGCAAAUGUGUGACUGAGGAGCAGCAGGGCUCCUGGCCCCUGGUCCUCACUCUGAUCAGAGGGGCCCUCAUGGGGGCUGGCUUCCUCCUCACUUAUGGCCUCAUUUGGCUCUACUACACCAGGUGAGCAGCUCUGUCUCUCUACAGGGAAGGUCAGUGAUUGGCCCCAAGUUCCAGGUGGGGCUGAGUGGUCCCACCUGCCCAGAAUUAGAACUAAAGUGGCCGAGCCCCUGAGCUGAGACCUGUGUUGGCCCCGCAGGUGUGGA